UUAAACUUUGACAAACAGUUUAAAGUGAUUUUAGUUAGUUUUGACUUUUUUUUUUUACAUUUUUAUUUGGUCGCAAUAAGUCACACAUUAAUCUCAUGUUGUAGUCCAUUUUAAUCACAUUUCUGCGCAAAAUUUAAGUAUUUAAUUAAGGGUUAUAUGGUAUUUAAUUUACAUCUUAUCUGUUAUGCAGCACUUUGGUAACCUUGUUGAGGCCAACAAACACGAAUAUGGAAUAAUGACAAAAAAAAAUAUUACUAUAAUAAAGAAAAAACUACAACAACUUAUGUGGAGUUACAGUGGCCCUAAAGAUCAACUGAAACUAUGACGUCAACUCCUAUUCCUUCUAAAUAAAAAAUAAUUAAUAAAAUAUCAAAAAAAUUCAAAAAGCUAUGAAAUAUUGAUUAUCUUAAAAAAUCUAAAAACUAAAUCUUAUGAAAUUAAGAUUAAAAAACAUCUCGUAUGCUACACUGUUUUAAAAAAAAGAAAAAUCUCAUAAAAAAUAAAAAACACAAAUUGAAAAAUAUCCUUGAUAUGAAAGAAGAAAACAUUUUCGAUGCAAAACAUUCCGAUUUUUGUACAUAUAUCUAUGAAUGACAUAAAAUACUAAAAACAGAAAAAACUCAACCUCCUGAAAAAAGUAAAAAAAAAAAGAAUAAAAUAAAAUGAAUAUUUGAAAUCAAAAACAAGAAAAUAAAUCAAACAAAUAAUAUUUCAUUAUACAAAAAGUAUCUGAAAACAUUGGUGAAAAUAAUCUGUUGAUGUGAAUUUCUGUUUAUUAUUAAUCUUGCCCAUAUUUUUCCUUCCCUACUUUUUUAUUUACAGUAUUUUAUGAAUCAGUCUGUUGUCAAUGGAAAUAUUUUUUUCUUUUAAUAAAAUGUUUAAAAAAUGAUUUUAUUUCACUGAAAUGUUUUUUUAUUUAUUUCUCCACAUGUUUUUUUGCAGUCGACCUUCAGGGCCACCGUAGUGGACAGUUAUGUGUUGAGCUCUGACAACAUAUCUUCAUGCAUUGAUGUGAAUUUCUUGUCAUUUUAUUUUUUUUCCUUUUUUUCUUCCUUACUUUUUAUUUACUGUAUUUUAUGAAUAUUUUUGUUGUCAAUUAAAAUAUUUUUUCCUUUGAUAAAAUGUUUUAUGUUUGUAAUUAUUUUCUUUUUUACUGAAAUGUUUUUUUUCUCCACAUGUUAUUAGUAGUCGACCUUCAGGGCCGCCGUAGUAGACAGUGUGUGGACCCCUGAUAACAUGUCAUGAUGUGUUGCUGGUCUCUAUCGGCUGAUGUCUCAGGUUUCUCUCUGCAGACAUGAUGUUGGGCUGAAAAGACACCGAGGAUCGCUCUUCUGAAUACAGGAGCAACACAGAAACACGCUCUCCUGCUCCUCCUCCUCCUCCUCUUAGGGGGUCCCUGUAGCCCCCUAUCCCGUUGUCAGAGCAGCCACCUCCCACUUCACUCCUCCUCCUCCUUUUUCUGUCGUCUUCCUCCUCCACCCUUCCUCCCUCCUCCUCCUCCUCCGUCAGUCGAGGAGCGUCCCCGUCUCUCUCCGGCUGCUCUCCUCUUCAUCUCUCGGUUUUAUUCCUCGCUGUUUGGAGGUAAGGAGGUUUUUAUUUCACACUCACACGCUGAUCUAAAUGAUGGUCUGUUUUGUGUUUGUUUGUUCCGGGAGAUCAGUCUGUUUUUAUCGGGCAGUUGCUGCUGCAGACGCACUUGCCUCCUCUGCUCCUCUCCUCUCCUCCUCCUCAUCCUCGGCGUUAUUGAGCCCCAGACCCUGAAGGCCACAUGAUGAAGAGCAGAAAGACGAUUAAGCUGUUUGUCUGUUUUUUUUUUUUUUUUUUUUUUCAUUUUUAACAGAUCUGUGUUGGUGUGUGUUGCUGGUUGUCUGCAGGCCUCAGUCCGGAUCCUAAUUACGGUCAUCAGUGUUAUCUUGCUUAUUACACAUCUGUAAACACUGAUCAGGAUAAAUGCACGGCCCAGGCUCCAAAUAACAACCAUCCACAGUCAGGAACUCCUCUGCAGGUUCAUUUAGGCUGAAAAAUAAAGAAUAAAAAAAUAAAACUUGAAUAUUCUAAAGGAGAUUUCUGUUUAUUCAGAUUACAGUCAGAGAUAUUCACCCAUUUCUCCUCUACAAGAGGGCGUAAUCUGCUCAUGUUUGGCUUUUUUUGAAGCUCCAUUUAUCAUCCAAUCAUUUCCAGUGUUGACCACUUUAUUGACUUAUUGAUCAAUAAAGUGGUCAACACUGACCAGAAAAUACUGAGAAAUACACAGUCAGAGUCAAAUCGGAUCAUUUACAAUAGCAGGAAAGAGAAAACCAGAUCAUGUUUAACUUUAUUCAACAGUAAUUUUCUAACUGAUGCAUUUAUAAUUCAGGUUGUAGUCUAAUCCUAACUUUAAUGAAAACAGAGCUGAGAUCAGGGAAAGUCAAAGUUUUACUUGAAUAAGGUGGGGGAAACAACAGUAAAUUUAACUGAAAAUGUAAAACCUUUAAACAGUAGAAAGACAAGGCAGCAGUGAACAUAAUAUAUUCAUUUACUUAAUCCCUCCUGUUAACACUCAGCAUCUCUUCUUGUCUUUAUUGUGAUCAGCUAAAACAAUAAUAAGACUAUCUCAUUUAAAAGAUCUACAGAGAUCAGUUAUUAAGAUGAAACACUGUUAGAUAUUAUUUUAUCUAUCAGUUUUUCUGUAAAAAUCCUCAAAAUCUUCCUUUAAAACCCAAUAAAUACAUGACAGUAAACUCUGAAGUUUGAGUCUUAAAAAACUACAAAACCAUAUUUUCAGUUUGCCUUCAGAAGAUUUUAGACUAAUAAUAUAACCAUAAAAUAAUCAAUAAACUAAAAUAAUCAAUAAAUUGUAAAAUAAUCAAUAACCUAAAAUAAUCAAUACACAGUAAACAACCAGCAGAUUGUUUCACACAUUUUAAAAACAUCCUGAUUAUAAUUUUUGUUUUUAGAGAAACCGUCGCUCUGUUGGACACCCAUCUGAUUACAUGUGUUUAAAUUGUGUGUGUGUGUGUGUGUGUUUGUACUAAUGCCCCCCCCCCCCCCCACACACACACACACACACACACACACACACACACACACACACACACACUCACAGACAGUGAACAGGCCCGCUCUGAUGGCUCUGUGUCGGUUAAAAGCUCUCACUGAUAAGACUAUCGGACACACAGAGCACUCAGAGCCACUCUGAUGGAUCAGCCGUCCUCUGAGACUCACACGUUCACUCACUCACAGGAAGUGGCUGAAUGAAUUCACUUCUCCUGAGGCCUACAUUUUGUUUUAUUCUUAAAAAAAAGGUCAUAUUUUCCUCUCUCAGAGUACAAAGAGCCGCUUUUCCUCCUUAAAUGAAGUCAAAGAUUCAUCGAUUGAUUAAUCAUCAAUAAAUCAUGACCAGGAAAAUGCAACAUAAACAACAAGUUUGAGGCUCAUAAUAAAAUUAAUGCUAACAUAAGCAGACCGACAUGCUGAGGAGGAACACCAGGCUAAUGAUCAUGUUCACUUAAAGGGGCACUAUGUAGUUUUUAGAAAUUAUUAUUGUUUUAUUUUUGCUACGGUAUCGAAGUUUGGGGCCAUACAUACUUCACAAGGAUAAGACCACUGAUUAUGUCACUAAACUAAUACUAACAGAUUGUUUAUUAAACAGGAAUACUGAAAUUUAAAGACUUAGUAGAAACACAAACACUGGCUGUAAUGUAUAAAUCAAAAAAUAGAAUAUUAGCAGAAAGUAAACAACAAAUGUUAGAUAUUAGAUCAGAUGACGGAGAACAAAGGAGGAAGUUUCAUUUUAAACACCUGUUUGUAUGGACAACUCUGAAGCAGAUGUGUUUUUCUGUAGUGGGAGUUCAACUAUGAAACUGUCAAAUUAAUGAAAUAAAGACCUGUACAAAUCUAUAACAAGCCAAGAAAAUGUUAAAGGAAAAUACAGUUAGAAAUUAGGACAAAAGUAACCAACGAUUGUGGGGCUGACGAAAAGUCAACUUGAAAUGCUGUCUAAUAUUGAUAUUUAUUAUUAUGUUUGUUUUGUUUACUUCAUGGUAUGACUACAGAAAAAUCAGUGACCAAUACGUCUCUUUUGUUUUUUGUUGUUUUAUUGUUAUUGGGGUUUUUUUUGUGCUUUGUUUUGUUUUUCUGUUUUGUUUUGUUUUGCUUUGUUUUUUGUUUUGCUAUAGUUUUGUUUAUGUUUUGUUUUGUUUUGUAAGAAUAUUGCUCAGUGAUCGAUUAUAAGAACAAUUAGACUUUGAGUAAGGGGUCAGGUAAUAUAAGAUUAGCCUGGCUGGGCCAUCCAGUUGCGUGAAUCACUUGCCGUUCCUUCCCACAACAGUCUGGACUUCGGCCAAUUGGGAGCCCUGAAAGUGGGCGUGAGUACUUUCCUUAAUAGACAGACUACUGUAACCAAUCACCGUAACCAAACAUCUGACGUCAUCAGAGUGCACAACUGUGUUCCCUGCUGAGCUUUCAAGCAUCAAGUAAAGGUUUGGUAAUAUUUCAAUGUGUGCGAGCAAACAAUGUCUUUUACGUCUUCUUCUGUGGAUAUAAACGAUUUCUGCCAACUUUGCAAAGUCAACUGCAGAAUUAGCGGCGUUCUGAAUGAACAGCGCUUUGAAAAGUCCUGCAGCAUGUGUUAGACGUCACCAUCUACACAUGGACCAAUCAGGGGCUGCCUUUCCUUGUUGUCCGGGGAACAGUGGAAACACAGUAACUGAUUGGCCCGGUUAUCUUCUGAUUUCUAAUACAUGCUCCGAAAUGGCCGAAGUCCAGACUGUUGUGGGAAGGAACGGCAAGUGAUUCACGCAACUGGAUGGCCCAGCCAGGCUUAUAUAAGAUGUUUCUUCUCCCUGCUCCCUUCCAACCAAGGGAUAAGACAUGUUCUAAUGUGACAUGAUGUUGUCAAAUGGAGAAAUUGCCUUGGCUGGAAGAAAGAAAGAAAGAAAGAAAGAAAGAAAGAAAGAAAGAAAUUGAAAAUAAGACAUUCUUAUAUCUGUUUAAAGCUCCUGUGGAGAGUUUUCUGACGUUAGUGAAAGAGACUAAAAUUCACAUGAAUGUUUUCAUAUCAAAAAUAAAAAUAAACAAGAACAUCAGAGAAGAAGGGGGUGUUUUCGUUUUUGUGGUUUUCACAUGUCAAAAUCAGCAGGACCUCGAAAUAUGUCCACAACAAGCUUUAGCAGAGACCGCUCUGUCCACAGGGGGCGCUAAACUGGACACAAACCAAACGUCUCUCACAGGAUCUUUAAUGCUGCAUUUGAGUAACCUCAGACAUCAGAAGUCGGAGCUGGGAAUGACGUCACACGCAAGUUCUCAGCGUUUCAGUUACCAAGUCAGAAAAAAGCAAAAUCGGAGGCUGAAACAAGAUGGCUACUAGCCUGGCUGGGUCAUCCUGUUGCGUGAAUCACUUGCCGUUCCUUCCCACAACAGUCUGGACUUCGGCCCAUUGGGAGCGUGUACUCCCGAUCAGAAAAUAAUCCGGCCAAUCAGAGACCGUGUUUCCACUGUUACCCGGACAACAGGGAAAGGCAACCCCUGAUUGGUCCAUGUGUAGAUGGUGUAAAUAACAUUGGUAAAUGUAGCCAUCUUGUUUGUGUUUUUGUAAACAGUGUGUGAGCAUUUAGAGGAAGAAGAAGAAUUAUUAGAGAGUGGCUGUUGUGUGUAAAAGAAUUACUCCUGACAAACAUCUCCUAGAUUCUGAACAUAGCUCAGAUCCACCUGUGUUUCCUCUCUGACUGGGGGGGCCUUUGUUCUGACCCAAACUUCUGUCUGCAGGUUUCUGCGGGUCCAAAGCAGCUGAGCAGAACCAGCAGAGAGCUCCUCCCUCACUGAUCUGGUGUCAGUUUUUGGGCGUCUGUGUGCCGACUCUCUGGAGGGAGGAGUAUAACCACGGCGAGAACUGUUGAGGAUCGGCUGGGCGUUGGCCCAGCUGGGUGAGCUGAUAAACAGAGGGGGGGGGGGGUGAGGCUGCAUGUGCUGAUGGAGGAGGAGGAGGAGGAGGAGGAGGAGGAGGAGGGAGAGGAGGGCAGCAGAUGAAAGAGAAGACACAACAUGAGGAGGGGGUUCACAGGAAGUUGGGAUCUUUCAGCGGAGGAUUUCCUCCUGAGGCUGAGACCUCAGUGGAGUGACUCUCAUGCUGUUAAAGUACAACGAGUCUUUCCUGUCAGCAGGACUGCCCCCCAGUCCCCUGAGGAGGUCCUGAUAACAGCUGGACCUCAACCAGGUUCACAGGCUUGUUUUACACUCAGUCUCCUUGUCCUCACCCUGAGGGACAGACAGGAGGAAGGAUCUACUCUCUCAUCAUCAUCAGGAUUUCUCUGUUUUCACGGUCCCGGUUCCUGGUUCCUGGUUUUUUUGUUUACCUAGAUUCCCAAGUGUCUAGAGUCCCCUGUUUCUUGACUCCCAUAUUUGAAAUCCAGAGACCAAAGGGUCCUAAAGAGAGAUCUUCCUUUUGUACCGGAUUCUAUUAGAAUUCCCAAAGGGGGUCUGGUUUUGUUGUUUAGUGUUCUCAGAAGUCCCGGGCUCCUCUGCCCUGCCUUUAUCAUCUGUUCCUUUGUCAUCUGUUCCUCAUAUUCAGCCUCAGGUCCAGUUCUGGUUCUGCUCACAUAUGUUCUGUUUUCUGAACAGGGUCUGCUGUAGGAGCUGGUCUUUCCUCAGACCAGCAUCCAGCUGAGUCAUCCUGAACCUCAUUCAUAAAGUCCACUGUGGUGAUCUGGAUUUACUGACACCUCCCCUCUGUCUGCCCCCCCCCCCCCCCCCAUUUUUUUUCCAGGUUCAAACGGAGCAGCAGGACGGUUUCUCUCCGGUCAUGCAGAAGGUAAUCAGUCCUCCUCCAACCCCACCUCAUCCUGAACGUCUACAAAAAGGUCGUAUCCUCCGAUCGUAGCUGAUCGUAACCAUUUAAGUUAACGUGUCAAUUUCCACCGGCUUCUUUCCCAAACUCCAAUUAUUGUCGGACUAAGGAGUUUACAUGAACUUCAGUUGUCCGGUCUUAAUCGGAAUAAGGCGAUAAUUCCAUUUUCUCGGGUGUCAUGGAAAUGCACUGCAUGAUUUCUAAUUCUACGUUGAAAGGACAACUGGACUUAGUUUAGACGUUUCGCCCGAGGCAUGCAGAGAUUUCCACUCCAGAGUCAUGUGACUAACCUGUUGGAUAUAGUUGGUUUGAAAUCAUCUAAAAACCAUAAAAAUCUGUUUAAUUUCCGAUCAUUUUAACCCUUUAACCCUGGUAAGUGGAUUUAAUUUAAUUUAAAAAACUUUUUUUUUUAAGUCUGUGUCUCUGAUUCUGGAGUUUUCUUAGAACUGAGUCUCAGAUUUGUUCUGACCCGUCCAAUAACAGUCUUACCGACAAUUUCCACGGCUACGAAAAGUUCAUAUCCUCAGAUCGAAUCUGAUCGUAACCAUUCAAGUUAAUGUGUCAAUUUCCACCGGCUUCUUUCUGUUCCGCUGCAGAUCGCCGGACUGCACAGCUGAUCACAAGAGUUCUAUUUGAUUCCGGAUGCCGGAGCAUGCCGGAUAAAUUCAGCACAGAUUAAUCCGUGCUGGAAAGGAAGUCAGGCACAGACACAAAAUAAAACAUCCGGCUUCUUUUCAAAAUAUAAAGUUAAUUUAUUAACUAAGGUUCAGGAGUAGGACCACGCCUCACCACACCUUCAAUCACCUGACUAGCAUAUUUAUACACAGUCAGCCCACUACACUCCAUUUGUCUGCAAUUCUCUAAGGAGCACAGACAGACCGUGCGCCAAGCAGUAACGCUCGCUCGCAUUCAAAGAAACUGUUAAAUUCAGCCACUUACAUGGAACUCCAGCUGCACAACUUGGACAAGGAUCUUUAUGACGAACUUUUCCAGGUUAAUUAUCCUUCACCUGGUGAGCAGCAAUCGGACCACGGCCAAGCUCCACUGCAGAGCCACUUGCGCUCCGUGGUUAGCAUCCCGCAACCACGCCGUACACAUUCAAGCUCCCUGAACAUCAUCCCAAUGACUCCCGACAGAUCACCAGCCUCAUCUUCACCAAGAAGAUCUGUAGACCAUAGGAGCUACAAUCACCUACUCCGCUCCCCAUUACGUCGCUCUCACCGCUCAGCCACAGGCAUUUCAACACGCUGCAGCAAGGUUCGCUGAGACGACAGACUCUGUGCCCACGAACGAGGAUGACAUCAGCAACUGGACUGUCCCCUGUCCCUGUUGGUCCCUGAAAGCAAGAGGCAUCCCAUUCCACCGCAACGACAAUAAAGCAAGGCUAUUCCUGCUCUACGAUUCCUUCACAAAGACCACAGCUGCAGCAGCCAUAAAUCCUGUGCUUCCUGCUUCCCCGCCCGAGCCAAUCACUGUCACUAACGUCAGGAGUGACGUCACAGAACAGCUCCCUCAACCACAGCUCACCUCAUCGGCUCCCCCUGGCGGGGACCAGGUCGUAUCACCCCCUGUGCCUGCUCCCUCUGUGUCUGACUUCUCUCAAGCUACCACAGCUUUCUUUACUUCCCUGUGUUCGCAGGCUGCACCAAAUCCCUGUGCACAUACAUCCUGUCAUCCCAACUUCCCUUUCUCCUCUCUUCUUUCAGCCUCUAACAACAAUACGGCUUCUGUUCCCCCUCUUCCCACCAUAGCCAGUUCCUUAGUUCUUCAAGGAGCCCCUCCAGCAAUUCACAACACUGGCUAUUCUCGACCCCCUCCGUUUCCUACUGAUCUAUCCUAUCAACCCUCCCUCCCCAUCCCCACCCCCUCCCUUCCCCAACACCCAAAUAUAUUUCCGCCUCCUGUUCAUAAUUACACACUAGCCACAGCCGCUCCACCUAUUCAACCAGCUUCAUCCAUCAACUGUGCGUCACCCAUUUCACCGGCACUAUGCCAACAAAUUCUCUCCGGUAAUUACGUCAAUCUAGCUCAGCUACUCCACCCAUCCAUAACUGACACAAGACAGCCUAGGGAGAUGGAAACCAUUUUCGGCCCAGUUCAGCUCCACGACCCACUUCCAUCCAGGUCAAUUUGCCUUAGCAUUUUCACUCUUCCGUGACACCAUCUGUUCAGUUUUUCCAUCUCGCAGGUCCGAGCUUGACGAUUACCCCUUCAUAAUCCUAGACAUGGCCCUGCGUUUUGGCGGCACAGGCUUUUACAGUUACCACGUGCACUUCGCUAACCAGGCAGCCGGCUGCAUCCAGCAGUUCAAUCAGAACACAUACUGGGGCACACUCGACUCCGAAUUGUAUUGCCGCACCUCCCUCUCUUGUGAGCUAUGUGGAGCCCCCUCCCACCCUGCCACAGCAUGCAUCGUCAGCGCCCCAGCACCCCAUCCACGCCUUUAACACCACAGUCUUUAACCGCUUGUCACCUGCUGCACCUCCACCUCCAAUCAUACCUAAGCCCCUAGACAUUCGAUCCACUGUCAGUGUUCCCAUGCCAAAAGGAGUCGACAAGAGAGGAAAGCCUAUCCUAUACCAAGCCGAAAGGAUGGUUUGCAAUAACUUCAACCACCUCGGGUGCACCCUCUCCAUCUGUCUCUUCCAGACUCCUUCUGCAGGGUGCCCAUGCCAGCUGCACCUGCCCACAUAACCCAACUAUGCCCACCAGCUGACUAGCAGAGCACCACAGCUCACCCAUUAAGGUAAACGCUCUAGCUGCAGCUCUAAAAAAUCACCCAGACAGAGAGUUUGUCAACUUCCUUCUUAACAGCUUCACUCACGGUUUUCAUCUUGGCAUAGACAUUCUCCCCGACACUUCACAUACCUGCCAAAACCUUCAGUCUACUCUGAAGGAACCCAACAGCAUUGAUUCCUUGCUAGCAAAAGAGGUCAAAGAGGGAUUCAUGAUAGGCCCAUUUAAAGAACCACCUUUCCCCGUUUCGGGUCAGCCCCCUCAGCAUAGCCACUCUUAAAUACUCCGAGGAUGAUCAUAGACCUUUCCUCCCCCCAUGGUUCACAAAUCCCCAGCAUCAACAGCAUCAUCCCAUGCCCUGAUUUCUCAAUACAAUAUGCAUCAAUCGAUCAUGCCAUCACUCUCAUCCGUCUCACAGGCCAGGGAGCUUGGCUCUCCAAAGCAGACAUCACAAGCGCAUGUAAAGUGCUACCCAUAUACCCCAACUUCUGGUGUUACUCUGGUGUCAGCUGGAAAGGAGCCUAUUACUUUGCAGUGCAUCUCACUUUCGGUUGCAGAAGCAGCCGUAAGAUCUUUGACUCCCUCUCAGAAGCACUGUGCUGGAUUCUCACUAACAAUCACAGACUCCCAUUCAUUCUACACCUCCGAGAUGACUUCCUCAUCGUCACUCCACCAUCAUCCCCUCCCAAGUUCGGACUCACCACCCUUACAGACUGCUUUUCAGAGUUGGGUGUACCUCUUUCAAAAGAAAAAACUUCAGGGCCUAGCACCUCAAUGGAGUUUUUAGGUAUUACUCUAGAUUCAGUUUUCCUCCAAGCAUCUCUACCUCACGAAAAGAUACAGCAUAUCACCCUUCUCCUCUCUAACUAUCUCCUAGCAGAUAGAUGCACCAAACGCCAGUUACUGGCCCUCCUUGGUCACCUCAACUAUGCCACCCAAAUCAUCCCUCAGGCAAAAUCUUUCCUUUCCAAUCUCCUAACAAAAGCUGCAGCAGUCCCCUCCUCGCAUGACAGAGUGGUAUUGGACAAAGCAUGCAAAAUGGAGAUAAACAUGUGGCAAUAUUUCCUGUCCUCUUGGAACAGCAUUUCUUUCUUCUAUGACGAUUUCAUAACCCAAUCAGAAGACAUUCAACUGUUCACAGAUGCAGCUCCCUCUAUAGGUUUCGGAGGCUACUACAGGGGGAGAUGGUUUGCUUCCACCUGGCUUGCAGAACUAAAAGACUUCGACUCGAAAUCCCAAUCUCUUUCGUCAGCCCUUCAUGAACUCUACCCCAUCAUCAUUGCAGCCUUACUUUGGGGGCAAGAAUGGUCAAGAAAAUCUAUACUCAUACACUCAGAUAACACAGCAGUUGUAGAAAUCCUGAACAAAGGCAGAUCUCAUUCCCCGUCAAUCAUGCAGUUUCUGCGCAGACUCACACUAAUCUCAGCUCACCAUCAAUUCAUUCUCAGGGCAGCUCAUAUUCCUGGAUAUCAGAACACCAUUGCUGACACUCUGUCUCGCUUCCUUUCAGAAAUUCAGACAUCUGGCCACAGAGUCGGAUCCGCAUCCCUCACCAGUCCCACCGUUUUCAGCCACAACAUUCAAUUAACUCCCCAGCUAAUAAACCUCACUCAUGCCUCACAAGACGCAAUUCUCAACAGUCUUGCUCCCAGCACUCUAUCCGCUUACCUGACAGGCUGGAACCGCUUCAAGUCCUACCACUCCAUAUACCAGCUGCCCUUCCCAUCUAUGGAUAUCGUAUCCAUCUGCAAUUUCAUAACUCACACAUACACCAUCCAAAAUAUUUGAUCCUCUACCAUUCAGACUUACCUCGCUAGCAUCAAUUUCUUCCUCAAACUCAUCACCAGCUCUCAAUGUACCGCCAUCUCCCACUCUCACUUCACCAUGCUAAUCAAGGGUUUAAGAAAACAGGAACCUACUAUCCCCAUUAAGCACCUACCACUCACCUCCGACCUACUCAGCCUCUGCAUUCGUACCCUACAUUCAGGCUACUCAUCUCCAACAGUUGAUUCUACACUAGAAUCAAUGUUCCUGCUCGCCUUCUUUGGUUUCCUCAGAUUCUCCGAAUUCACUCCGACCUCUUCCGUCUUCAAUCCAUCCUAUCACCCCAAACUAUCAGACAUCACAGUUAUACAUCAGCUCCAGGUAUGCAGCUCAAGCAUCACCUCACGACCCCCUUUUCCUUACCGAAAACGGAAAAAUGGCUACACGAUUCUGGUUCCUUAAACACCUGUAUCAACUCCUCCUCAUGUCAGGCAUAACAUCAGAGUACCACUCAGCCCAUUCAUUCCCCAUCGGCGCAGCAUCCACAGCAGCCAGGCUUGGCAUAUCAAAUUGAACAAUCCAAAUCCUCGGACGAUGGUCAUCUCAGGCAUACCUCUCCUACAUUCGUAAUAAUCUCCACGAUCUGCGUCAGGCCCACCCUCAAUUAAGCUCCCUUUCAUUAUAACUCUUUGGGGGUCGGAUGAAGCUUGGGCUGAGACGGAACCCCCAUCCUGAGUUUCUCACUGCCGGGCCUCUACAGAACCUCCCAGACCAACCAGACAUGCGACACUCCUCAUCAACGUCAUUAUCCAUCACAACAUACACGCAUCAGACAAGAUAUACACACUCCUGAAUUUGUAUUAAAUAUUCAAACUUACAUCCUUGUGGCAUGAUCAUUGCUAGUGAAAUGAAGUUAAUGUAUUAACUAAGGUUCAGGAGCAGGACCAUGCCUCACCACACCUUCAAUCACCUGACUAGCAUAUUUAUACACAGCCAGCCCACUACACUCCAUUUGUCUGCAAUUCCCUGACCCACCCUCCCUCCCUCUCUAUUUAACAUUAACGCUUCUACUACCUCUCUACCAGUGGCGGCUGCUGGUCUUUCACGGAGGGGAAGCUCAUUUUUCUGGCCUACAUCAUAAUUGUGUUUGUUUAUUAGUAUGUAACAGAACAGAGUCGCCAAACACAACGGCAGUCGUUUUUAACAAAGACAAAAGUCGCUGAGGAUCGGUAAAGUCUCUAGAGCAGUUAAGAACAACGGAAUGAAUAACUUGGAAAAUGCUCUGGUAGAUGUUUUAUUCUUCAAGAUCGCUGAUUCGCUUGUUUAGCUGUCAAUCAAAAAAGGAUUUCGCCUCAGACAGCUCAUCCAAUCAUGGAUGCAGAAGCUCGAAGUCCGGGAGACAGUCGGGACCGCCCUCUCGCCAUAGAACUCCAGAGACGCCGAGCGUCCGAUGGGCGGGACAAAGCCCAGCAUUUAUCCAAUGAGCGUCUAGUUUUGCUGCUGGAACAACCCACUUUGAGCUUCCACAUUGAAGUCUGCAGACUCUGAGCGUCCGGCUGUGUGAAGCACUGAGGCGCUGUGAGGAUGAAUGAGAACGAAGUUAUGCCGGUUUCCUGUGAUUAUCAGCUUUUUAUCACAGUGUCUGAACAAAAGAUGAAGGCUUUCUAGCGCGUAUUUAGUUAAUGAAAUGUACACACAGCAGUACGUAUUUCACCACUUUUCUUUUUUUGGGGGGGUGACAUAUUAAGGGAAGCUGAGCUUCCCUUGCAGUCUUAGAGCAAUCGCCACUGCUGUCUACCUCCGCCUCUCUCCGAUCUCUCUUCAUUUCAGAUAUAGUCUGGGUCGGACAAAGCUUUGGCAGAACUACGCCUGAGACGGAACCUCCAUCCCCCAUCCCGGGCCUCUACAGAAACUCCCAGACCAAACAGACAUGCGAAACUCCUCAUCAACGUCAUUAUCCAUCACAACAUACACGCAUCAGACAAGAUAUACACUCACCGGCAACUUUAUUAGGUAUACCUGUCCAACUGAUCGUUAACACUUAAUUUCUAAUCAGCCAAUCACAUGGCGGCAACUUAGUGCAUUUAGGCAUGUAGACAUGGUCAAGACAAUCUCCUGCAGUUCAAACCGAGCAUCAGUAUGGGGAAGAAAGGUGAUUUGAGUGACUUUGAACGUGGCAUGGUUGUUGGUGCCAGAAGGGCUGGUCUGAGUAUUUCAGAAACUGUUGAUCUACUGGGAUUUUCACGCACAACCAUCUCUAGGGUUUACAGAGAAUGGUCCGAAAAAGAAAAAAUAUCCAGUGAGCGGCAGUUCUGUGGGCGGAAAUGCCUUGUUGAUGCCAGAGGUCAGAGGAGAAUGGCCAGACUGGUUCGAGCUGAUAGAAAGGCAACAGUGACUCAAAUAACCACCCGUUACAACCAAGGUAGGCAGAAGAGCAUCUCUGAACGCACAGUACGUCGAACUUUGAGGCAGAUGGGCUACAGCAGCAGAAGACCACACCGGGUGCCACUCCUUUCAGCUAAGAACAGGAAACUGAGGCUACAAUUUGCACAAGCUCAUCGAAAUUGGACAAUAGAAGAUUGGAAAAACGUUGCCUGGUCUGAUGAGUCUCGAUUUCUGCUGCGACAUUCGGAUGGUAGGGUCAGAAUUUGGCGUCAACAACAUGAAAGCAUGGAUCCAUCCUGCCUUGUAUCAAUGGUUCAGGCUGGUGGUGGUGGUGUCAUGGUGUGGGGAAUAUUUUCUUGGCACUCUUUGGGCCCCUUGGUACCAAUUGAGCAUCAUUGCAACGCCACAGCCUACCUGAGUAUUGUUGCUGACCAUGUCCAUCCCUUUAUGACCACAAUGUACCCAACUUCUGAUGGCUACUUUCAGCAGGAUAAUGCGCCAUGUCAUAAAGCUGGAAUCAUCUCAGACUGGUUUCUUGAACAUGACAAUGAGUUCACUGUACUCAAAUGGCCUCCACAGUCACCAGAUCUCAAUCCAAUAGAGCAUCUUUGGGAUGUGGUGGAACGGGAGAUUCGCAUCAUGGAUGUGCAGCCGACAAAUCUGCAGCAACUGUGUGAUGCCAUCAUGUCAAUAUGGACCAAGCUCUCUGAGGAAUGCUUCCAGCACCUUGUUGAAUCUAUGCCACGAAGAAUUGAUGCAGUUCUGAAGGCAAAAGGGAGUCCAACCCGUUACUAGCAUGGUGUACCUAAUAAAGUGGCCGGUGAGUGUACACACUCCUGAAUUUGUAUUAAAUAUUCAAACUUAUAUUGUUGUGGCGUGGUCAUUGCUAGUGAAAAAACACUCAGUGUUUCAGGAGGAUCGUAUUUCACACCAUGCAAACGGCCGGAGACGAACAAGUGAAAGGUUUUUAGAUGCCAUUUCACCCGAUGACACCAUGGAUGAGUAGAUGCUGAUUCUAGAAGUCUAGAAGUAGAUUUCCUCCUCUGGAAGGACACAAUCUAGUGCUUAUAUGUCUAUAUGUCUGUAUUUAUAGAGACAAGUCGUUAUCGCACGAUUGAACACGAAUCAACGGGUCUUUGUGAGUUCUCACGAUUCCCGCUGUCCGUAAUCUGCCAUGAAAUUCACCUCACAAAUGGAUCCGGUAGGAAUUGGUGAACAGCGAAAAUUGCAACGUUCCAGAUCGGAGCCGUUCUGAAUGCAGUGGAAAUUUGGAUAACUGUAGAGGACACAGACGCAGUUAAACAGGGUCGAGGACCAAAGAGCUCAGAUAGCAGACAGGAUGGAGACGUCAUGUCAGGAGAACAGCUGACUCCACAACCAGUGUUACUCUGCCUCCUAAAUCUUUCCAAUGAUCUCAUAGGUGGAGGGACCGGCGACUCCAGUCAACCUGCCAUCCUCCAGGGGCUCCAGCACACCGGGGUCUCCCGCCACCGGCAUCAUGGUAAGCACACCUCCAUCCCCCCAAUAAAAAGAAACCUGUCAGUCUGUGAACUCCUGAAGUCUAAGCUCUGACCUGUGUGUGUGUGUGUGUGUGUGUGUGUGUGUGUGUGGAGGCCCGACUGAACGACCAGGUGGUGGGUUACAGGGACCUGGCCGCUCUGCCCAGAGAUAAAGCCAUCCUGCAGGUGGAGAGACCCGACCUGAUGACCUACCAACCCCACCUGAGCUUCUCCUCCCUCGACCAGCCGCGCAGAGAGGUAAUGGUUAACCUUUGAAGGUCACAGAUAUUUAUCCACUUCCUGUUCUUUAUUUUUUUUUUUAUUGAAACUGUUUUAUUUUGAAAAUCUGCGGUUUGUUUCACGUGUUCAUAGACAUAAAAAUCUUAGAUUCACAGUAAAAAGCUAAAAGUGCGGGACGUUCAGGUUCCACAGAGCUGCUCACAUCCUGAUUGGUCCAUUUGAAUCUGGUCAUUCUACCAGAAUUGUUCAAAAUGGGGCCAGCAAUAUCUUAAAGGGGACCUGCCAUCAAAAUUUCAUACCCAUUUUUAUCAUUUUUUCAUAAUCCUUGAUGUCCUCUGAUCAUGUUUGCAACAUAAUUUUAGCUGAAAAGUUAUUUGAUGGUUUGUUUUAGUAUGCCUAAAAAACCUUACAGGAAAACCAACAGAUUUUGGCUCAUUAACAUUUAUGGUAAUGAGCUGUGCUCUGAUUGGAUCGCUGCUGUGAAGCCUGCUGUGCUCUGAUUGGCUCAGUAGUGGAGGUUCGGAUUUCGGUUUAUCCAUUUUGCUAAUGUGUGCUAAAGUAAGGUGCCCAGAUGUCUGUAAUGAUAUCCGGGGAUAUUUGGUGCGGCGGCGGUGGCGGUGCAGGGGCUGCAGGGGCUGUGUGAUCACAGACAAAGUCUCGGUACUAUUUAGUAGCAGCGCAUGCCCCUUGUAAUAACCCCCUUAAAAACUGUUGUUCAGGACUGCUUACUUUUGCUUCCUACCUAUUCGGCUACUGUAAUAACUGUUGUUCGAGCCCACACGCAACAUUUUUGCUCCCAUUCAUGAAACGCUUAAAUCAGGGACAUUUUCGGGGACAGCUUUUGCCGGGGAAAGGUCAUCCAAUACGGGGACUGUCCCCGGAAAUCGGGGACGUCUGGUCACCUUAUGCUAAAGACUAAAAAUGGCAGGUAUUAAACCAUAUAUUUUAGACCGCGAGUCCGAAGAGGAGGUGGAAGUUGAAGAAGAAGCCAGAGAUCUCCAGCGGUGUUUUCUCAUUCAUUCUGCCCAGCUUUAAGUUCAUUUUCCCGGCAGUGAACCCAAGGAAACACCGAUCAUUUGGAAGAGACCCAUAGCGGAUACAGUGGUAGCUGGGUCUUGCUCUGACUGUGAAUGAGUACGAGAACAAGAGAGUGGGCGCGGCUCACCGAGGACGCGCUCGUGAAUAAUAAUGAGCAAGGUCAGCGCGACGUCAGAGAGACCUGCUUUUUCAUUUGGCCUGGUUUACUCGUUCCUUUAUUUUAAACCUUUACAGAAUGCAAACGACGUAACGGUUUGUUUUCACAUUUACAACACAAGACGAGCAUAAUAUGGACCUUAUCUGACACAAAAAACACACAAAAUUACAUUUUGAUGGCAGGUCCCCUUUAAAACUUUGUAUUAUUCCCCCCAAUUUUUCCCUCGAUAUAUUGUACCAUAUCUAAAGGUCACAUAUCUAGUAAAAGAACUGUUCAUUUUUAUAUUUUGUAUUUUCAGAAUUUUUUUCCUCUCCCAAAAUGUGUCACAACAGAAACAUAUAUCAAAUUAUACUAAAAAAAUAUUAUAUUGACCUUUAAGAUUUUUUUCUUAUGUUGUCUACAUUCAUAAAAAAUUUCAGGACAGUUGUCACAAAUAAAUCAGUAAAAAUGAAUAUUUCAACGAAUUUAAAAGUUUAAAUAUUACAAUUCUUCAAAAAUCAAAUGUAAUAUUCGUUUGUUUGUUCGUUCGUUCGUUCGUUCGUUCCUUUUCUUCAGCUUCAUCUGGGUCGCCGGGGCAGCAGCUUCAGGAGGGAAGCCCAGACGCCCCUCACCCCAGUCACUUCCACCAGCUCCUCCGGGGGGAUUCCCAGGCGCUCCCAGGCCAGGCGAGAGAUAUAAUCCCUCCACCUGGUCCUGGGCUGGCCACGAGUUCUCCUCCCGGUGGGACAUGUCUGGAACACCUCUAACAGGAGGCAUCCAGAAGGCAUCCUAACCAGAUGCCCGAGCCACCUCAGCUGACUCCUCUCGACGUGGAGUAGCAGUGGUUCUACUCUGAGCGCCUCCCGAGUGUCCGAGCUCCUUACCCUAUCUCUAAGGCAGAGUCCGGCCACCCUACGAAGGAAACCCAUUUCGGCCGAUUGUAUCUGCGAUCUUGUUCUUUCGGUCAUUACCCACAGUUCAUGGCCAUAGGUGAAGAUCGGCACGUAGAUUGACCAGUAAAUCAAGAGUCUCGCCUUAUGGCUCAGCUCUUUGUUCACCACCACCGAUUGGUUGAGUGUCCGCAUCACCACUCCGAUCCGCCUGUCGAUCUCCUGCUCCAUCCUACCCUCACUCCUGAACAAGACCCCGAGAUACUUGAACUCCUCCACUUAAGGCAGGACCGCCCCUCCAAACUGGAGAAGGAAAUCAACCUUUUUCUGACUGAGGACCAUGGCCUUGGACUUGGAGGUGCUGAUUUGCAUCUCAGCCGCUUCAUGCUAGUCUGCGAACCACCCCAGCAAGAGGUGAAGGUCACUGCUCGACAAAGCGAGGAGAACCACAUCAUCCGCAAAUAGCAGCAAUGCGAUCCUCUGCCUGCCUAACUGGACACCCUCCACCCCCUGGCUGCACCUAGAAAUUCUGUCCAUAAAGGUUUUGAACAGAACCGGUGACAAAGGGCAGCCCUGGGAGAGUCCAACCCCUACUGGAAACGAGUCCAACUUACAACCGGCUACACAGACCAAGCUCGUGCUCCUUUGGUAAAGGGAUUGGACGGCCCUUAACAAGGAACCCUCCACCCCAUACUCCCGGAGCACCUCCCACAGGAUUCCCCUAGGGACCCGGUCGUAGGCCUUCUUCAAGUCCACAAAACACAUCUGGACUGGUUGGGCAAACUCCCGUCUCCCCUCAAGAACCCGAGCGAGGGUGAAGAGCUGGUCCGUCGUUCCACGACCGGGACGAAACUUGCAUUGUUCCUCCUCGAUCCGAGGUUCAACUAUCGAUCGGACCCUCUUUUCCAGCACCCUGGCGUAAGCUUUCCCGGGUAGGCUGAGAAGUGUGAUCCUCCUAUAGUUGGAACACACCCUCUGGUCCCCCUUCUUAAAGAUAGGGACCAUCACCCCAGUCUGCCACUCCAAAGGCACUGCCUCUGAUUUCCAUGCAAUGUUUUAGAGGCAUGUCAGCCAGGACAGCCCCAACACAUCCAGAGCCUUCAGAUACCCUGGGUGGAUCUCAUCCGCCCCUGGAGCUCCGCUGCCACGGAGUUGUUAAUGUAAAAUUUCUUUGUAAAAUGCCGAAUUUUUAUCAGAUUAAAUCCAAAGAUAAUAUUUAAAGAAACAGAACAUAAAGUCAUCAAAUUAGUGUGUUAAUAUAUGAGUUGAUAAAUCAUACUUUAUUUUUGACAUAACAUUAGCCCUAGCUCCAACUGGGUAGAUGGCAAAUCAUAGUUUUUGAUGCUUUGCCGUCAAAAACUGAAAACUGAAAAGUCUUAAAGGAGCAGGCGGUCAGCAGAGAGAGUUGAGGUGACAACAACACCGCACAAUGUAUACGACUUGAAAAACUGCCAGACAGCUGAGUUUACGAGAAGAGGGGCGGGGCUGCGCAGGACUGACACAUGACCUGGAAAUAGGAUUAAAUACUCUAAACUUUGGUUGAUAUGGUCAUUUCUGAAGAGGACUAAAGAGCCGGACUCAGGCUCUAAAAACCAGACCAUCCAAACCCCAGAGGUCGUAUUAAAGCUCCCUGCUGUGAUUGGAUGAUUCUAUACAUUUAUUAAAAGUCAUGUUUUUCUGUCUUUGCAGCGAUCUCUGUCCCCGCCCCCGUCAUCUCCUCCCAGGUCUCCUGAGGUAAGAGGUCCAUUUCUCUGUUCUCUAAUGAUGCUGCACCUCGUCUCUGCAGCUUUAAUAAACUCUUCUUAAAAUAAGCGCUGAGUCAUCAUGUCACAAACAGAGAUGAACUCCUGAUCACCCCUUCAGGAUCCUCCAUGAGCCGGUUUUGGGGUUUUUGAGAGGAGGAGGUUCUGAUGGAUGCUUCCGUCCUCUGUGAUCAUUCAAUCGCUCCUUUGUGUCCAUGAAAAAUGUGACCUUUAAAACCCAAAACAGAGAGCGUCUGUUUGGACCGCAGCGGAUCUUUAAAGGAGGUUAUAACGUCAUCGAAUAAAGAGUUUAAUCAGUUUAAGUCAGAGUUCAAAUCAUUUUCAUGUAAUAAGAGUUACUCAAAGAGAGGUUUUUAUAGUAAAACAUGGACUUGAGUUGAAGAGGCAUAAAUAGAAAUAUUCUUUCUUCUCAGAUUAUGACGGCAGGAUUAUAUAUGUGUGAAUCAGAUCAGGUUCAACAACAACUACGUCAGCUAAUGUUGGUUCAAGACUAUUUCAAUCAGACAAGAGGAUUUGUUUUUGUUUCAGAGGGAUGUCACAGUUUUUAUUAAAGAUGAAACAUCAAACUGAACUUUUCAGGAAAAUCAACACUCGGACUUCAAGGUGGUGUAGUCAGGAUCUGAUGAAGUUCCAGUUUUUAGGAGAAAUCUUGAAUGUAAACUCUACCCCCCCCCCAACCAGUUUUCCCCUCAGCUCCUCCUCUCCCCUCCCUCUCUGCUCCAGCAAGCCCCGCCCACAAACAGGCGCUCCUGCUUGCUAGUAUCGUUCCAAUUAAAUUCAGAUAUAAUGCAAAUAAAUACUUCAGAUAAUUACAAAUGGGGCCCAGUCAAUGUGAAAGUAAAAGCAUUGGUGCUACUGUAGAUGCCAACAGACUACCAGCAAACACAAUGUUUGCAGGACUUCUACAACUAGGAUAAAGUGACAUAGUCCAGGACCUGAGGUCAACAGUUUAGCGGCGCUACAACAUGCUACAGCAGGUCCCGUUUGACAAGAAACACUUCUGUUACAGACACUUGGCUUACUUUGUUAAAGUGGUUUACCUGUCCAACAGAAAGGUUACAGGGUCACCAAGAUCCCGAAGCGUCCCCCAUCGUUUAUGUUUACCUGUCUUUUUAGCUCUUGUCCGGUCUACCUCCUUAUUAAGCGCCCGUUAUUCCGCCAGAGUCUCCGGUAUUUUCGUUUUCUUGCUUGUGUUGGCUGUCAUGGCCAAAGGAGGAUUCAGACAAUUCUCCGAACUUUCUGGUUGGUUCCUACUGUCUGAUAUUGUAGCACGCUAACUUUGUUGGGGCUCGUGAACGACACGGGGGAGCAGCGUCUGCCUCACAACCAAUCAGGUUUAGGAGGUGGAGAACGGCUUUGUUUACAGUCAGAAAGAGCAGGCCGCUCAAAAAUGUUAAAAUGUUGACUACACAGACAUAAAAGAACACAGAGAUAUCGUUAUGCUACCAAAUCUCACCAAUAACUAAUAACUAUUGAUUGAUAUUAAAAGAUUUUUGUAUAAAAACACAAAAUAAAAAGAUGCUUCUUUAACGGAUUCCCGCCUACCCCACCUUUAAUUGAGCAUGAUAAGAACUUACUACAAUGACAGAAACCAUUUUUGAGAAACAUUUGACAUUUGUUUGGAUUUUAGAGUUUGAACCAUGUUACAUCUGUUUACAUGGAGGAGGCGGGCUUUAUAACCUGAACUAGGAGACUUUGGCUUCACUUUUAUGAAGCUGCUCGUCUUUUCACAUAGUUUCUAUAAUAAACAGGUCUAUUUGUACCUUAUGCAUGAACUAGCUUAACGUUUUAACAUGCUAACCUUAGGUACGUAGCAGCAAACACAGAAUUAACGUGUCAUUAAUUUAGCAGAUAAUUCAAAAUGUUACCAUUAUGUGUUGAAGGGUUAAAUGGUGUGUGUGUUUUACUUUCCAGUUAAAGCCUCGCAGAGCAGAAAGUGAGAGCGGCUCCCCCGGAGGAUCCACGCUGCAACUGCAGGCCGUACGCAAAAUCAGCACCAGCCAGCAGCACUUCCACAGACCAGGUGACCCUCCAGUAUUCACCCGAGGACCCGAACCCUGACUUUAACUUCUAAUCGAGUCCCAACAACAAACUUGUAUUACAUACAACAUGGGGACCCUAAUUUAGGGUCUCCAUAAUGUUCAUAAACAUGCAUGUGUGUGUUUCCCUACAUUUGAAAAUGCACAGGCCUGUGUUUUUUUUUUUCAUGAACUAAUUUGAGGUUACGAGAACGGCCACUGCUGCAAAUAAAAAAGAAUUAAAAAAAAAAGAUGCCACGUCGGAAGUCGUCGUCAUCGUCGUUUUCUUCCACUUCAGGAGGGAGCUCCAUCCUACCCUCACUCCUGAACAAGACCCCGAGAUACUUGAACUCCUCCACUUAAGGCAGGACCGCCCCUCCAAACUGGAGAAGGAAAUCAACCUUUUUCUGACUGAGGACCAUGGCCUUGGACUUGGAGGUGCUGAUUUGCAUCUCAGCCGCUUCAUGCUAGUCUGCGAACCACCCCAGCAAGAGGUGAAGGUCACUGCUCGACAAAGCGAGGAGAACCACAUCAUCCGCAAAUAGCAGCAAUGCGAUCCUCUGCCUGCCUAACUGGACACCCUCCACCCCCUGGCUGCGCUUAGAAAUUCUGUCCAUAAAGGUUUUGAACAGAACCGGUGACAAAGGGCAGCCCUGGGAGAGUCCAACCCCUACUGGAAACGAGUCCAACUUACAACCGGCUACACAGACCAAGCUCGUGCUCCUUUGGUAAAGGGAUUGGACGGCCCUUAACAAGGAACCCUCCACCUCAUACUCCCGGAGCACCUCCCACAGGAUUCCCCUAGGGACCCGGUCGUAGGCCUUCUUCAAGUCCACAAAACACAUCUGGACUGGUUGGGCAAACUCCCAUCUCCCCUCAAGAACCCGAGUGAGGGUGAAGAGCUGGUCCGUCGUUCCACGACCGGGACGAAAACCCCACAAUGGAAGUUACUGAUUCAAAUAAAAAAAGAAACUGUGCAGAUAAAAAACAAAAAGCCACAAUGAAAGUUGUAAGAAAAAAAAGUUACUGCAAAAACAAAAGGAUGCAAAAAACAAAAAAACAAAACAGAAGUGAGCUUUUGCGGACCAAUAAUGAUGAUGCACCAGUGGUUUAUGAUUUAGGCACAAAAGACGAGUAUUGAACUGAAAAAUGCCAAUGUCGUGUUAGCUUUGGCUAACACGGGAAACUCACUGUGCUCCGAAAGACCACCCACGAGAGGAGAAUCAAGUUCGGUAGCUUUACGGUUCGGUUACUGUACUCAAAGAAAUAAGUAUGCAAACCCCAUGCUUUUUUUCAUUAUUGGUUCCCGGCAGCUUACUUCCGUUGUGGCUUUUUGUAAAAAUCAACAUCCUUUUCUUUUUAUUUGCAGUGGGCUUCGGUUUCUUUUUUUUGCAUCAGUAUCUUCCGUUGUGGCCUCCUUUUUUUUUGCAUUCUUUUUUUUUGCAGCGGUGGCCGUUCUCAGCCACCGUAAUCAAACCGUCUUUAUGAAACAACAGAAACACUGAGAUCUUUGUGAAGUCGUGUCCUAGAUCUUCAACUCUGACCUCUGAACCUUCAUUUUCACAGAUAACGGCUCAAACAUCUACAGGAAACCGCCAAUCUACAAACAAGGUGACUUCCUGUUCAUCUCCCUCACUCUCAGAGUUCGUUAACACUUUCACUCUGAAUCAAAUACAUGUGUUUAUGUCUAUGCAGAGGCCAAUAAACCAGCUGAGAUCAGAGAAGUCAUCCACUCAGCCAAGUUUCCUGCAGCUCAGCCUCCAGACCCGAACCAACCCUCCAAGAUAGAGACUGAGUACUGGCCCUGCCCCCCCUCACUGGCCUCCAUGGGUAACUAACACACGCACGCACGCACGCACACACACACACACACACACACACACACACACACCAGCAGCUUAAAUUGAGGACGUUAUCAAAUCUGUUCUGUCUGAAUUAGAUUGAAUACUCGCUCAGAAAAAACUCUACAGGUGGUUCAGUCCAGAACCAGGACUUCAACCGGACCUGCAGCUAACUUGGGUCCACAAAGGCUUGAUACUGGGUUUUACAGAGGGCGAUGUUAAAGUGGACCUGGUUCAAAUCAGACCAGCAGAGGACCAGAAAGUCCAGAUCAAACCGCAGAGCCUGUUAAUCAAGUCCAAUCAGCACACGGCUCUGUGGGAAACCUCUGAGUGUUCUGGUAUUACUGGACUGGAUCAGACAGCUGAGGGGGGGUUGUGUUUUACCCCCAAUUUUCACCACAUCCAGAACGGCUCUGAUCCGAAAUGGCGGCGAUUUUCACCGUCUGCCAAUUCCUACCGGAUCCGUUUGUGAGGCGAAUUUUGUGGAGGAUUACAGACAGUAGGAAUCUCGAGAACUCACAAGAACCCACGGAUUCACGUUCAAUCGCGCGAUAACGAGUUAUCUCUAUAAAGACAGACACAUAGACAUAUAAGCAGUAGAUUGUGUCCUUCCAGACGAGGAAAUCUACUUCUAGACUUCUAGAAUCAGCAUCUCCUCAUCCAUGGUGUCAUCGGGGUGAAAUACCUUUCACUUGUUCGUCUCCGACUGUUUGCAUGGUGUGAAAUACAAUCCUCCUGAAACACAGAGUGUUUUAUUUUGAAAAGAAGCCGUAUGUUUUAUUUUGUGUCUGUGCCCAACUUCCUUUCCAGCACGGGUUAAUCUGUGCUGAAUUUAUCCAACAUGCUCCGGCAUCUGGAAAAAAUAGAACUCUUGCGAUCAGCUGUGGAGUCCGGCAAUCCGCAAAGGAACAGAAAGAAGCCGGUGGAAAUUGACACGUUAACUUGAAUGGUUACAAUCAGCUACGAUCGGAAAAUACUACCUUUUUCGUAGAUGUUCAGGAUGCAAUGGAAAUUGCCGGUAAGACUGUGAUUGGACGUGUCAGAACAAAUCUGAGACUCGGUGCUGAGAAAGCUCCAGAAUCAGAGACACAGACUUAAAAAAAAACAGUUCUUCAAUUAAAUUAAAGCCAUGUACCGGGGUUAAAGGGUUAACAUGAUCGGAAACAAAACAGAUUUUUAUGGUUUUCAGAUGAUUUCACACCAACUAUGUCCAACAGGUUAGUCACAUGACUCUGGAGUGGGAAUCUCCGCAUGGAAAGGAGAACUGGACUUAAGCGAAACGUCUCAACUAAGUCCAGUUGUCCUUUCAACGUAGAAUUAGAAAUCAUUCAGUACGUUUCCAUGACAAUCGAGAAAACUGAAUUAUUGCCUUAUUCCGAUCAAGACCGGACAACUGAAGUUCAUGUAAACACCUUAGUCCGAUUAAAAUUGGAGUUUGAGAAAGAAGCCGGUGGAAAUUGACACGUUAACUUGAAUGGUUACGAUCAGCUACGAUCGGAGGAUACAACCUUUUUGUAGACGUUCAAGAUGAGGUGGAAAUUGGGGGUCAGUGUUCUGGUUCUAAAUAAAGUCUGAACCCACAGAGAUCGAGUGGAGGAAGAAGAAACUGAAGGAAGAAGACGAGUUUGAAGAUCUGACAGAGGAGGCCAAGACGCUGCAGGAGCAGGAGCUGGAGAAGGUUCAACACAUGAACACACACAUGCACGCACGCACGCACACACACACACACACACACACACACACACACUGGUUUCACUGGUUUUUCUCCUGGUUCUGAGUCCAGAUCAAGUCCAAUCUGGGUCGUCUGAUCCUGAAGGAGGAGAAGGAGAAAGCGGUUCAGUUCCGGAGGAAGACCCAGUCCCUGCCCGACAGAACCCACAUGCACACCAGUAAGUCCAGAUCCGGUUCUCUUCAGGGUUUAGGUCCAGGUUCAGGAUGACCCGGAUCUCAACAGCGCCCCCUUCUGUUCCCUGGUUUGUCUGCAGGUUUGUCUGCGAGUGCGUCCAAGUCUCCUUCACACUCAGGAUCGGGACUGACCCGGGUAAGUGACGCUGUAGACCUGAACCAGCAGAGUCCAUGUGGAGUUUGUCCUGUAGGGGGCGCCAAAGGAUCAGAAUGCUCAUGUCAGCAGAGUCUGAACUUGGGUUUUCAGUCACUCUGAGUUACAGCUGAUGUUAGAAUCCAGGAGCUCACGAAGGGCAGUUACGCAGUUUUUUCUAGGUCUGUAUAUUUAUUUGUAUCUAUUUAUUUAGCACAGGUUAAAAACAGUGCGGACUGAGGCUGAUAGGCUGAUACAGAGUUCCACUCCCAUCAGGGCAGUGAAGGUGUAGGGUGGAAACAACAAAGUAAUUAGGACAUAGACAGGUUAUAAAUAUACAAUGAUUAGGGAAAGGUCAGAACAUAUACAAACUGUCAUAAAUAGAACACAGACUAAUCAUCAACCAGAGAUAGAGACAAUUUAAGUAUUUAUAGAAAGGAAAGAAACAUGAACACAACAGAGAAUGACGUGUUUAAGACAUGAUUAGAUGAGAUUUCAAUGAUAUUUUAAAGGAUUUGAAGGAUACUAUUGAUUUUAGAGAUCCAUCCAGAUUAUUCCACAGUUUCGGAACUCUAAAAGUGAUGUUAGACUGAUGAGAAGAAGUUCAACAGAAAGGUAACUGAAGAUGGGCAUUUUGUCUUGUUGAGUACGGGUGAAGGUUGGAUGAAAAGGUAAAAAAGUUUCUGAAGGAGUCAGGAAGGUCUUGUUUGUUAUUGAUGAACUUGUGGACAAACAUAAAAGAGUGAAAGACAUUGAGUUUGUCGAUGGGUAAGACGGAGUAUUUAGAAAAGAGAGGUGCAGAAGGUUCAUGUCUGCUGGAUCGAGAUAUCAUUCUUAACCCUCACAUACUGUUCAAAUCCUGUACCCUCACAGUAUGUUCCGGGUCAAAAUUGCCCCUUCAAAGAGUUCAAAGAGCAGCUUUCUGUCACAGAAAGUUCUCUUGACUAGUUAGGUCAUUUUGACCUCUAAGUGUGUUUGUGUGACUGUAUGUCUGUGUGCAUGCAUGCGUGUGUGUGUGUUUCUGUCAAGGUAAUGAUAGUUUCAUAAUGAUUUGAAUAUAUCUUUUUGAACAACAAACCUUAUAUUGAACACUGUUGUUACUGUUUGACACUUGUCCCACACUGCUAGAUCUAAAAUCCAUCUAAAUAUAGAUACGGGUCAAAUUUGACCCGUAACUGCCUUAGAGGGGAAAAAUUUGUAGCACAUAAACAAAAAUACACAUGAAUAUUUUUUAAUUAAUUUCAUGUAUUUUGGGCAACUUCAGGAAAAGUCAUCAAGUUUCAGGCUUAAAGAAUGACGUUUAGGGUAUUUUUACUGCUGUUAAAAGUCAAAACGGGUCAAAUUUGACCCAAACAAUAUGUGAGGGUUAAGAAUCUUUUCUGGAUAAAUAAUAUUUUCUUGAGGUGAGUUGGAUACGUCGCACACCAUCCAAUAUUACAAUAGUUCAUAUAAGAAAAUAGAAAGCUAUAAUACAAAGACAAGUGAGCAGAGGGAUUGAUCAGGGGACAGACCUUAUUGAUUAUACUGAGGCUCUUCAUUGACCUUUUGUUCCACUGAGACGCACAUCAAGGACAACACCCAAAAAAGUGGUGUGGGGUACUUGAGAGAUUUCAGUACCAUUAACUGAUAUUUUGGAUAAGAUUGGUUUUUGUUGCCGAAGAUCAUGAAGUUCCAUUUGUUUAUAUUAAGAGUUAAUUUAUUAGUCAGAAACCAGGUAGCAACAGAAGAUAAUUCAUCAUUCCACACGAGUGAUGAGAGUCUCAAAGUCUGCAUGAAUAUCUAUGAAACAGGUGACAUCAGGAAAUGACGAGGGGAGAAGCUUAUUACAGGGCAGAGGCAAGACCUGGUCUGCUGUGGGUUCAGAGCAGACUCUGAACUCCUCUCUGAGGGUCUAGACCUCUAAAGGUGGUUUCUGUUGUUUUUUCAGAUGCAGUCUGCAGAGUUCUCCACAGACCGGGACAAAGGACAGCCAGGUAAGACUUCGACUGUUCUAAUCCUGACCUGAGAGACCUCAGGUUAGACCAGAGACAGGAGGAACAUGUGACAAAAACCACCAACUUUAGAUGUUAGGGUUAGACUUUAGAGUCCUGAAGGUCCGGACCUGCAGAACUCUGCCCGUCUGACCCCCCCCCCCCUUUUUGUGUCUUUACAGGUUCUCACGUAAGUCCACUUCAGACCUGAAUCUCAGACCGGAUCAUCUGAAGAGUCUCUGAAGACCUGAUUGAGCUUCUCUGUCAGAACCUUCACGGUCCUGAGAACCUGAAGUGGACUCUUGUUUGUGGUUUUUCUGCAGAAUGGAGAGUCCAGAAGGGACCGGAUGGACCGAGGAAACUCUCUGCCCAGUAUCCUGGAGCAGAAGGUCAGGUUCUGCAGGUUCUGAAGGUCCAUCAGUACCAACGCAGUUCACACAAUUUACACACAUAUUAAACACACUCUUGGUUUCCAGUUCAACCAUAGACUGACUGAUCAAGAAUGGACGCCAUCUGCCUCCUCUCUGGGUGGAGUCACUCUGAGAACAGCGCCCUCUGGUGACGGGCUGCAGUAUAAGUCAUAAAUCCUGCCUCCGCCAGCAGAGCUUAUUAUUAGGGUUAUUAGGGUGUUUGUGUUUUCUAUGAUUGACACUUGAUACAGCCUAUGGGCGUACCAAGAUUGCAUAACUCAUCCGGGGGAUACGCUGUUUGAGCCAAGCGUCAUCACAGCGACUCUCCCACUGAAUGCGUACAAAGCUGCUGCGCAAUGUUUGUUUCAGGAAAUGGAGAAAACCCUGAAAAUACAAAGAGCUUUUCGGCAUCAGAUUCGUACAAUGACAGGAGGUGGAGCCAAGUUGUCCAAAGUAUAUACAGUCUAUGUUUUUAAACAGACGCUCAUUCUCCUCUGCUUUCAGAUUUAUCCCUAUCAAGCUCUGAUUGUGACCCACAGAGGGCGCUGUAAGCUGCCGCCAGGAGUGGACCGCACUCGCCUUGAGGUCUGUGUGUGUGUGUGUGUUUAUCUCCUUAAAUAAAGGAGGAGUCAUCUGACCUGUAAUGAGGUCUGAUGAAAACAGUAAGUCCUUCUGCCUUGAGUCCGAUUUUGAUGCCACCUUUGGUCCUGAUUGGACCCUGAAGAGGUCAUUUAGGACAGUGGUUCUCAACUGGUGGGUCCUGGCCAAAAGUGGGUCAUGAACAGCUGGUCAAAAAAGUAAAUAUUUAAUGCCCAUCUGAUGUUUGACAUGUCUUUUAUUUUGAAAAAUAGCUUAGUUUGGCGUGAUUUGAUAAUUUCUGUAUUUGUAACUUCAGUAGUUGUCGUCCUCGGGUCAUGUGCUCUGAAAUGCACUUAACUUAAUAAAACAGAUGGAUUUAUGUUAAAGAUUUGAGUCUAUAAAGGUUUUUUUUUCAUAUAAAAAACAAAUUUUCUUGGUUUGAAUUUUAUUAAAGUGGGUCGGGUCCGAAGGAUAAUGGGAAAAUGUGGGUCCCAGAGUGAGACCAGUUCAGAACCACUGGUUCACGAGGAAUGCAGGUCUAAACCUUCUUCUUCUUCUGUCCUCAUAGAAACACCUCUCUCCCGAACAGUUCCAGGAGGUGUUCGGGAUGCCGAUCGCUGAGUUUGACCGCCUCUCCCUGUGGAAACGAAAUGACCUGAAGAAGAAAGCUUCGCUUUUCUAACAGGAAGUGACCUCAUGCCUCUGAAAUACUUGAAGGAAGGAUGAGGAGUAAACAUCGACCAAUAAGCCGAGUGAUACGUCACCUUAGUCCACGCAAACACGCCCACCAUCUUACUAACUAAUCAAGCCCCUGGAUGUGUGCUGGCCCCGCCCCCCUGAGGAUCAGAGUUAACUGAAGGCUGGCCCUGAUUAACCCUUUACUCUGACUAACUCCGCCCACUUGACGCACUGACACUCAGAUUACCUGUGCUGCACUUAUAAUAAUCACCACUGCUAGCAGAUCAUCUACGUGUCCUUCAUCAUCAUCGUCAUCAUCAUCGUCAUCUUCAUCGUUUAGUUUCACUGAGCUCCAGAGGUCUGAUUGGAUGGUCCGGUUCGUACGUCAGCAGCUAUCUCCUGGUUUCACUGAGCUGGUUAGCUAGCUGUGCUCACUAACUUCCUGUCCUUCACGUGUUUAUGUUCAAAUGUAAGCCGCUCUGUUAUUUGCCAAAUCAUGCUAGCUUUAUAAAGGAACAUAUUUGUUUUGUUGACGCAUUUAAGAGUCUGCAGGAGUUACAAGUAUUUCAUUGAGACUGAACAAUAAAAGCGUACCCUGAACCUUUUAGCUAGCUCCGCGUUUUAGCUAGCUUCGCGUCUGACGAGUCUCAGUUUCACAGUAAACCGUCGGUCACUCAGAGUUUUUACUCUGGCAAGUUUGGCAGUUUGAAGAUAGAAAGGAAACUGAUUUUAAAAUCAUCAUUUGUUUAUUUCAUUUACUACUGAAAACCAAAAAAAUCAAAAUGUCCUUAAAAUUUAACAAAUAUAUUUAUUUAUCUCAUUUGAUACAUUAGAUGUUUUUGGAAAAUGAUAAACUACAAGAGGACAUUUUGAUCAUUUAUUGGACUGUAUUCAGGUGUUUUUUUUUAAAUUAGUUAUUCAUAUUGGUUUGAGAGAAGAAUAUAAAAGUAUGUAUCAAAAAUGAUACAAAAGGCAUUAAAGGGUUAAGUUUUCUGAUUUAACAUCCUGAUGCAGAUUUUCAGUGAGUCUCAGUAUUACUGUAAAAGUGUUUCACAGAGAGUUCACUUGAACUAAAGAAGUAAAUACCUGCCAAACAGAUUUUCUCGACAUUGACAAGUCUGAAGUUCGCUGAAAUAACAUCCUAUUGAAGAUUUAAAUAGAGUCUCAGUUUUAUUGUAAAAUAUAAAGUUAUUAAGACACUCUGACUCACUACAGCUACACAGACCUGAAAACUCAAUUCUUGAAUUGCUGAAACAUCGUCUCCAUGUGGAUUUCUUGUCAGUCUCAGUUUUACUGUAAAUAGUGAGUCACACUGAGGCUUCACUCCGACUCUAUGAACCUAAAAAAAAGGACAAAGACAUUUACUUGUGAUUUUCCAGCAAUAAAACAGUCUUAAGUUUGUAGAAAAAACAAGAACACAGAAUUUCAGUGAGGCUCAGUUUGACUGUGAACUGUCGGUCACACUCAGCCUGAACAACUACAGAUCUCUGGUGAGUUUAAAGGUGUAUAAACCUGAAACUGAAGUUCUGAUGAUUUUCUCCUCAUUAACGGAUCUUCAGUUUUCUAAAAUAACAGCAUCAGGUCCAGAUCAGUCCAGAGUCAAGGUUCAUCGGGUCUGUCCUUAAAAAAAAGAAAAAACUUUUUCUAAAAUGUUCAGAUUCAGAUUUCUUUUAAAUCUAAACCCCUCUUUGUCAGACUUUGUGAAAUAUGGUAGAGCUUCCCACCACCGUGCGGCGCCAAUGAGCCAGUGACUGACCUGUACUGCAGUGAGGGUACUCUGGGUUUACUCACUGGACCUGCUCUGACGGGGUACAGUAGAUCUGAAGUCUUCUGUGACGGCCCUCCAUGGACAGGGUUUUCUCCUAGACUUCUGUAAAGUCAGACAGACAGGAGUCGCCCCCUGGUGGACAUUAGGAAGGCUACAGGUCAGAGACUGUGGUGUCGCUCACAGAGCUUUAAAUAAUCGAACGUUCAGCUCGAAUUUCUCGAUUCUUUGUCCUCAGACUCGUUAGUCUUACUGUAAACCAGCUUCUUGAUACCAGUGCUUAUCAGAUCACCAAACAUAAACCGACUUCCUGCCUCAGUCCUCUGGUGUCUCUGCUUUAACUUGAACGACAGCAGAUCAAUGUCACGUAUUGAACAUGUAUUGAUUGUAAGAUCUAUUUAUUAAGUGAAGCUUUUAUUUAUUUCAGGAUUGUGAUUUUUACGCCACUGUUUUUGUGACUGUGAGCUCAUGUUUGAAAGACUUUAUUAUUAUUAUUAUUAUUAUUGAUGUACAGUCGUAAUUUUAACGAUUUCCUCCUUCAAUAUUCCCACAGACCUCGUUAAAGGAGCCGUCCGUACUAUUGAACAUGUUAGAGUCUUUGUCUCUGCCGUCGUCUUUAUGCUUUUAUUUUUGUGACACCUUCAUAACAUCCGGUCCUCGUUGUUUCUGUUCAAAGACGAAAAGAAGUGAAAUAAAAAACAAGAGAAAAAGA